AUGAAUGCCACCUUAUUGCCCUCUCCCACCGACCAGAUCUUCCGAGACGACCCUAGUCCUGAGGUAGAUCGUGCUUGGAGACGUAUUUCCAACGAACAGCCCAUCGCUCUCAGUAAAGAAGAAGUCAUUGCUCUAGGAAAAGAUCCUUCCGAAGCCGUCCAAUAUCCCGAAUCGUUUGGUUUAGGAGAAUCCUACGCGGGAAGAAUCGACGUCUUUCAUCAAAUCCACUGUCUUGACGCCCUCCGAAGAGAAGCCCACUGGAACUACUACUACGCAUCUAAAUACCCCGACCUCGAACACUCCACCAAACUCCACCAAGUCCAUCUCUCACACUGCAUCUACUAUCUCCUCCAAAACAUCAUGUGUCAAGCUUCCGUCGACGUUUACACGCACGUCUGGACCGAUUCUCUCCUGCAACCUUUUCCCGAUUUCAAUACGACCAAGACUUGUAGAAAUUUUGACGCGGUUUUGAAUUGGCAGGAGAGGAAUGGGGUUGGGUUGGAGGAGUUUUAUAAGUUGAGGAAACCGAGGGAGUUUGAAGGGAUGUGGAUUAUGGAGGAAGCGUUUAAGGAUGUUUGGAGGGAGUUUGAGUGGUGGAAUCCUGAGGGGGAGAGGAUGAGGGAUGGGACGAAGACGGGGUGA